AUGCCUUAUCAUGCCUUUCCGGUUCUUAAUCAACAAUUUUUAGUUGAUUCGAAAUAUGAAUUUAUUCGUGAAUUGGGACAAGGCGCUUAUGGAGUAGUCUGUGCGGCUAAAAACACAGAAACCGGCGAACAAGUUGCCAUUAAAAAAGUCACCAAAGUAUUUGAGAAAAGUAUUUUAUCAAAGCGUGCUUUAAGAGAAGUAAAGCUAUUAAAACAUUUUAAUGGGCAUGAAAAUAUAACUUCAAUUUUGGAUAUGGACAUCACCAAUGUCCAUGAUUUCAAUGAAAUAUACCUUUUUCAAGAACUGAUGGAAGCAGAUCUUCAUCAGAUUAUAAGAUCUGAACAACCUUUGACGGAUGCACAUUUUCAAUAUUUUAUAUAUCAAAUUUGUCGAGGGUUAAAAUACAUUCAUUCCGCCAAUGUAUUACACAGAGAUUUAAAGCCUGGUAAUUUACUUGUCAAUGCAGAUUGUGAAUUGAAGAUUUGCGAUUUUGGUUUGGCUCGAGGGUUUUCAGAUUCACCGGAUCACAAUGCUGGUUUCAUGACCGAAUACGUUGCAACCCGAUGGUACAGAGCUCCCGAGAUCAUGCUGAGUUUUCAAAACUACACCAAAGCAAUUGACAUGUGGUCGGUUGGAUGUAUUUUUGCUGAAAUGCUUGGAGGAAAACCUUUAUUCAAAGGCCGAGAUUAUGUUGACCAACUAAAUCAAAUUCUGGGUAUUUUGGGAACACCUGAUGAAGAAACACUUCGAAGGGUUGGAAGUGACAGGGCUCAAGUAUAUAUUCGAAGCUUACCAAAAAUGCCAAAAAUUCCUUUUUCGCAAUUAUAUUCCAGAGCAAAUCCAUUAGCGCUCGAUAUGUUGGAGAAAUUGCUCAAAUUUGAUCCGGCAGCAAGGAUAACAGUCGAAGGAGCUCUAUCACAUCCUUAUUUGGCUGCUUAUCAUGACGAAGAAGAUGAGCCGGUACAUGAAAGUAUGUUUGAUUUCUCGUUUGAAAGCGUUGAAUCAAUAGAGGACAUGAAAAAAAUGAUUGCACAAGAAGUUAUGUCAUUCAAAGCAUCCAAACAAGCAGCGAUGAAUUUAAAUGGUGCACAAUUGGGACGUAAAGCUAGUUUAUCUGCUCCCGAUCGUGAUACAAUAACACAACAGCGUCAACAAAGUAACCGUAAUUCAUUGUAUGAAUACGGUGCAGCAAGUCAACAUGCUGUCAUACCUAAUGAUAAUAUGGAUGUUGAUGAUCAACUGGAAAAGGAACUGGGUGGAUUGGUUCCCGAAUGA